AUGACCAUUUCUGAGCAUCCAGAAACCCUCUCGAAGUGGUGGAAAGAAGCCACCAUCUAUCAAAUUUACCCCGCAAGCUUCAAAGAUAGUAACGAUGAUGGAUGGGGUGACUUGAAAGGGAUUACUUCUAAACUUGAAUAUCUAAAGAAACUGGGAGUUGAUGCUAUCUGGGUUUGUCCAUUCUACGAUUCACCUCAGCAAGAUAUGGGAUAUGACAUAGCGAACUACGAGAAAGUCUGGCCAACUUAUGGUACCAACGAAGAAUGUUUUGAGCUAAUAAAUAAAACACAUGAGUUGGGCAUGAAAUUCAUUACUGAUUUGGUUAUUAACCAUUGCUCUUCCGAUCAUGAAUGGUUUAAGGAAAGCAGGUCCUCAAAGAGCAACCCAAAGCGCGAUUGGUUCUUUUGGAGACCACCCAAAGGCUAUGAAAGUGAUGGUAAACCAAUCCCUCCCAAUAACUGGAAGUCUUUCUUUGGUGGCUCUGCAUGGAGCUUUGACGAACAUACUAAUGAGUUUUACUUACGGUUGUUUGCAUCUCGUCAACCGGACUUGAACUGGGAAAAUGUUGAUUGCAGAAAGGCAAUUUAUGAGAGCGCUGUUGGCUACUGGUUAGAUCAUGGAGUUGAUGGUUUCCGGAUUGAUACCGCUGGUCUAUACUCAAAGCGCCCCAAUCUACCUGACUCGCCAAUUUUUGAUGUUGACUCAGAUCUCCAGCAUGCAAACUGGGGAUCUCACAACGGACCUAGGAUCCACGAAUUCCACCGCGAAUUGCGGAAAUUUAUUGACGAUAGGGUAAAGGAUGGCAGAGAGAUAAUGACUGUUGGUGAAGUAGCUCACGGUAAUGAUAACCCCCUAUACAGCUGUGCCUCUCGGCAAGAAAUGAACGAGGUCUUUAGCUUCCGGCAUGUUGACAUCGGUACCAGCCCAUUUUUCAGAUACAAUACAGUUCCCUUCACUUUAAAAGACUGGAAGCAAGCUAUUGCCGACAACUUUUUAUUUAUCAAUGGAACCGAUGCAUGGGCUACUAUCUACAUCGAGAAUCACGAUCAACCACGGUCUAUCACGAGGUUUGGUGACGAUUCGCCAAAGUACCGUACUUUAUCUGGUAAGCUGCUGGCACUAUUGGAAUGCUCUCUAACUGGAACUUUGUAUGUUUAUCAGGGUCAGGAAAUAGGCCAGGUCAACUUCAAGGACUGGCCCAUCGAGAAAUAUGAGGACGUCGACGUUAGAAACAACUUUGAAAUAGUCAAGAACAAAUAUGGUGAGAAUUCAAAGGAGAUGCGACUAUUUUAUGAGGGAAUCGCUUUAAUGUCUAGAGACCAUUCAAGGACUCCUAUUCCAUGGUCACCAGAGGUUCCAAAUGCUGGAUUUUGUGGAACAGCAGCAAAACCUUGGUUUUCUUUGAAUGAGUCUUAUAAAGAAGGAAUCAAUGUUGCCGAGGAAUUAGAGAAUGCAGAUUCAGUUCUUAACUUUUGGAGAAAGGCUUUGGAAACUAGAAAAAAGCACAAAAAUGUUAUGAUUUACGGAUAUGACUUUGAGUUCAUCGACUUGGAUAGCGAAAAGCUGUUCAGCUUUACGAAGCAGUAUGAAGAUAAGGUCCUGUUUGCGGCAUUCAAUUUCAGUGGGGAACAUGUUGAGUUCAAGCGCCCCGAUAAAAAUGCGUCUCUAUCUCUGAUCCUCGGGAAUUAUAACGAAGCUGAUACUUCUUCAACGAUUUUGAAACCAUGGGAAGGCAGACUCUACUAUGUUAACUAG